UUAAAAACUAAUAAUAAUCAAACUGCUGUUGUACUAGGGUGUGCAAUGUCGCGUGAUUCACCUCCACCGGAUAGUGUCUUUCGUUCUAUUUUAAAACAAGAUCUCUAUGGUCCUUUGCAAAAUCGUCAUAAUCUUAUAGCCAGUACUAAAAAUUCCUUAGAUUAUGUACAACGUUUGGGUCUGUUGUGUCAGCUACCUAUACAUUCGGGUUGCGUUAAUACAGUGCAUUGGAAUAAUACGGGUGAAUAUUUAAUCUCCGGGUCGGAUGAUCAAUUUAUAGCGAUUACCAAUCCACAUAAUCAAGAGGUGCUUCUAAAAUACAAAACUGCCCAUCGUGCGAAUAUAUUUAGUGCUCGCUUUAUGCCGCAAUCCAAUGAUCAAGCAAUUGUAUCGUGUUCGGGAGAUGGUAUAGUUCUUCAUACAGAACUUAUGGCGCCAUAUAUACGACGGGUACGAUCUAUAUCGCGGGACUACAAUAACGAUAGAAAUGUGAUGGCACCUGUUUACGAGCGUGCAACCGAUAAUGAAACUAACGUGAGCAUUUUUAAUUGCCACAAAAGCGGUACAACUUAUGAAGUGCUAACAGUACCUACGGAACCCAGAUCAUUUAUGAGCUGCGGCGAAGACGGUACAGUGCGAUUAUUUGAUCUUAGACAAAUUUCCAAUUGCCAUAAGACUUGCUGUAAAGAUAAUAUACUCAUUUUUAGUCCAUCGGCGGUAAAUGCCAUGGAUUUAGCGCCCAUUAGUAAUCAUUAUCUGGCUGUGGGAAGUAGUGAUGCAAUUGUACGCAUCUAUGAUCGUCGUUAUUUAUCUGUGAUUGAUUUUAGUGAUAGUUCAGUGCCAACGAAUGAGCGGCAUACAAGGCCCGUCAAAGCAUAUCCAAUUCCAUUGCCUACGAAAAGGCAUUAUCGAAUUACUUGUGUGCGUUAUAGCCCGGAAGAAACCGAACUUCUCGUUAGUUACUCUUCCGAAUAUUUAUAUUUAUACGAUUUAAGUCACGAGGGUGUUAAUGUUACCGAAUUGGCUAAAGGUAAAUAUGUAGAGCGUAGUAAUUCACCGCCAGCACCACUCACUGCAGAACUAGUCACUCGAAGAUUGCGUUUAAGAGGUGAUUGGUCCGAUACCGGACCAGAUGCUAGACCAGAACGUGAUCCCACUGGUCGAGCGGAGACAGGUCAAUUCAGACCGCAAUUACAAGCCAAUAUAAUGAGCCGCAUGACUGAGGUUAUAUCGCGUAUGCUUAAUGAUCCACGUACACGCUUUGGCUUGGCUAGUCAAGAUCCGGAGGGUAGUCGCAAUAGCCAGCAAAACUUGGAAACUCAUGAAAGGCAGACAAUGGAAAAUGAGGAUUCUCGUCCUUCUACCUCGGCUGCUUGGCGAACUCUUGCUGCUCGAAGUUUAAGUUUAUCGACACGCUCUAAUACUCAGGACGAAAGUGAACAAACUACAUCGCCAACAACUACCACAACAACAAAUAAUAGAACUGAUUCAGAAGCUUCCUCAUCACCGCGACCUGCCGCUGAUAUCGAAAUGAGAGACUCUUCCAAUAAUAACAACGAUAAUAUUGAACGCAAUAGCGAAGACAGUAGCGAUACACACUCCUCCCAUUUUCAUGACGAUGCCGCUUCAAUUAACCAAGAGUUGGCUGAUCUCGAAAUGGAAACCAAAGAAACCAUAUUUGAUUAUUUAGUAAUGAAAUAUACGGGCCAUCGUAAUGCUCGCACCAUGAUUAAAGAAGCAACUUUUUGGGGUAAUAAUUAUGUAAUGUCCGGUUCGGAUUGCGGUCAUAUAUUCACAUGGAAUCGUCGCACCGGCAAAUUAGUGAUGUUAAUGCAAGCCGAUCAGCACGUGGUGAACUGUUUACAACCGCAUCCCGAAUUGCCGUACUUAGCAAGUUCGGGUAUAGAUUAUGAUGUUAAAAUUUGGGCGCCCAUAUUGCAAGAUAAAGGUUUCAACGAAGAAGAAGCAGAAGAUUUAAUGAAACGUAAUGCCAUCAUGCUGGAACAAACGAAAGAUACUAUAACUGUGCCAGCUGCGUUUAUGAUACGGAUGUUGGCCUGCAUACACUCGUUACGUAAUCGCGACAGAUCAACAAACUCAGAAUCUUCGGCAGCUAAUAAUACGUCGUCUGUGGAAACAAAUAGUAGCACGAUGUCACAUAAUAAUCAUAAUACUAGCGAUGUCAGCAAUAACGAUGAUAAUGAUCAGGGUAGUGAUGAUCGUGAUCGUGAUGCACAUAUGAGUUAAAUUUUGGCAAUUUUUUUUUUUGUUUUUCAAUUUUCUUUUUGACUUAUUAAAUAUGAUUUUUUUGAAAUUAAAGUUUAUAACAAUUGUAUUAUAAUAUGCUUCUGCGCUCAGUGUUCCUAAGAAACAAAAAAGAAAACCAAACGAAAAAAAAAAAAGAAAAGAAACUUCAUUUCUACAAACAAAUACAAGGUCAUGACAUAUUUUUGUUGAGAGAAAAUGCUUUUAUUUGUAUUUAUUGUUUAAAAU